GCUUCCCCUUCCGGCCGUGCCCGGCUCUGUCAACAUGGCAGCGGCGCCGGGCGGGCGGCCGCGCUGCCUCCUCUGGGCGGCAGUGGUUGCGCAUGUGGUGGCGUCAGGUGCGGGUUUUGUGGAAGAUCUAGAUGAGUCGUUUAAAGAAAACCGUAAAGAUGAUAUUUGGCUUGUAGAUUUUUAUGCACCUUGGUGUGGCCACUGCAAGAAACUAGAGCCUGUGUGGAAUGAAGUGGGCAUAGAAAUGAGAAACAUGGGUUCUCCAGUAAAAGUUGGGAAGAUGGAUGCAACUUCCUUUUCUAGUAUUGCAUCCGAAUUUGGAGUGCGAGGCUAUCCAACAAUUAAGCUCUUGAAAGGUGACUUGGCAUACAACUACAGAGGACCUAGAACCAAAGAUGAUAUAAUUGAAUUUGCUAAUAGAGUGGCAGGACCUCUUAUCAGGCCACUUCCUAGCCAGCAAAUGUUUGAGCACGUGCAAAAGAGACAUCGUGUACUUUUUGUGUAUGUUGGUGGUGAAUCUCCUUUAAAGGAAAAAUACAUUGAGGUUGCUUCAGAACUAAUAGUUUAUACAUACUUUUUUUCUGCCUCAGAAGAUGUGCUGCCUGAGUAUGUGACAUUGCCUGAAUUGCCUGCUGUUAUGGUCUUCAAAGAUGGAACUUACUUUGUUUAUGAUGAAUAUGAAGAUGGUGAUUUGUCAUCCUGGAUAAAUAGAGAAAGAUUUCAAGGUUACCUUCAUGUAGAUGGCUUUACACUGUAUGAACUUGGAGAUACAGGAAAACUUGUGGCUAUUGCAGUCAUUGAUGAUAAAAACUCUUCAGUGGAACAUACCAGACUAAAGUCUAUUAUUCAGGAAGUCGCCAGAGAUUAUCGGGAUCACUUUCACAGUGACUUGACAAUCCCUACUAUUGUUGUAUUGAAUACCUCCAAUCAGCAGUAUUUUCUACCAGAUAGGCACAUUGAGAGCACAGAAGACAUGGUUCAGUUUAUUAACAAUAUCCUGGAUGGUACAGCUGAAGCACAGGGUGGUGAUGGACUUCUGCAACGAAUCAAGAGAAUAAUCUAUGAUGCCAAGUCUACUAUAGUGUCUGUGUUCAAGAGUUCACCACUGCUGGGAUGCUUUCUCUUUGGGUUGCCCUUGGGGGUCAUCAGCAUCAUGUGUUAUGGAAUCUGCACAGCUGAUACAGAGGGAGAGGUAUUUGAGCAUGAGGGAGCUAAAAAAGAAAGUGAUGAUCGGGAGCUCACAGAUGAAGGCAGUGAGGAAGAACAAGAGGAGGAAAAGAAUGGAAAAUACACAGAACUUUCAGAUGGAGAGCUUAAACAGAAAGACAUAAUGGAAAAGAAAAAAGACUGACUUGUUUAGGAAGAGAAUUCUCUAGAAUUUCCAAACAGACUUAUUUAUUGGCAGUUUAUUGAUUAUCUUCAUGAAAGAGGACAGUUUUAUCUGCAUUAUGGUAGUUUUGACUUGCAUGUAUUCAAAUUUUCUCAGAAAUUGACAGAAAAAAAAAUGGAUGUUCUCUUAAUUGUCCUUAGUAGAUUAACAAAGAGCAAUUUAAACUGAAGAAAUUUCCAGGUACAGUUCUACACCAUUUUUGUAAGAGUUUUGGAUUGUUCAUUUCCAGUUCAGAACAGUGAGGUAAUGUUACUUGACCUUACUAUAUGUGAUAAACUGCUACUAAUACAGCACAGCUAUGCACUCAUUCAUAUAAAGUUAAAGCUGAAAACGAGAAGAGGUUAAGAGAGCUGUAAAGUGUUUCAGAGCCUGAUAGCUAAAGACAACUUAUAAGUUUUCUAAGAAGUCACAUGUUCUACCUGUUGCACAUCAUUAUGGGGGGAAAAAACCAAAACCAACAAACUUUUCUAUUUCCUCAAAUUAAAUGUAAAUUGUUGGGAAUUGGAGGACCGUUCUACCAUGUAAUAAUAUAAUUAUUGGCAGUCAAGAAUGUUUACUAGAUACAGGAUGUGGGAAUUAUAUGCUAAGUUAAGUGUUUAUUAGUGCUUUAGCAGCUAGAAAUAUUGGAAAAUUAUGUUAAAAACAUUUUAGAAUGUGAUUGCCUGUUAAUUAUUUUCUGUGAGUGCUUGCACACUUAGAGUGCAAAAGUUCUGUAAGUUUUCUGAAUCUGCAGCACAGCUCGAUAAAGAAAGACAUAAAUAUGACUAUUUGUAUAACUCUCUAAUGACAAGCUUUUUGAAUGGUGUAAAUUUAUUUUACAGUGUUUACUUGAGAUUGUUAUACAUCUUUGAGGUAGGUAGUUUCAUUUGAGGCUGUUACCUACUCUGAAGGAGGGAGUUAAUGUAGCUUAAUAUUAAUAUUGACAGAGAUUGAUCAGUGUAAAGCAUUUUUGUUACCUGUUUCAUCAUAAAAGCCACUUUUAUUGCAAACCCGUGACUGCAAAAAGGACUAAUUUGUGUCCAGGGCUAAAGCUCCCCAAGGAUAAGCUAUAAAGCAGCCUUUGGCAUUGAUAUCAUGGAAAGUACCACAAAAACAAAACUUUUAUUGCUCCUCCUCAAACUAUUCAUGCUGGGGUUUUUCCUUUUUUUUCUCUCCUUUUUUUUUUUUUUUUUUAAGGCUGUAUUACUGUAUAAUACAAAAUAUGAUGUCCUCCUUACGAGGCAGCUUGAUCACGUAAGAAAUUGCUAUGCUAUACCACUAAAUUAAGGAAUUUUAAAUAAAAACCAUGCGUAAGCUUAAAUAGACAAGUUCUAUGUUUGCAUAAAUUUGGUGAUGCUGUAGAAUUGUAGCCAGGGAAAAUGUAUUGCAUCCUUUUUCCGUGUGGGAAAGAAACUUGUUUCUUCUGUUUAAGUAGCUUGGUAACAGCUGGCUUCAUGUUGGCACGCACAGUACCUUAAAUAGAUCUCUGACUUGAAAGAUUUUGGUUAUCGAACAGUAUAAACAACAUGUAGAGAGAUCAGGAAGUUUUUGGGGAAAGAUUCCAUGUCUGAUUAUGAAUCCAAACUUUUUCCAUUUGGGAGGAGAGAGAAAAAAUGAGGUCAUAGAACACUGAGUAGCAGGUAUCUGAUAUAUUUUUUCCCUUUUUUUUUUUUCCCUCUGUUUUCUGUCUAUGAUUGCCUUUUUUUCAUUUUUUUCACUAUAGCCAGUUGUACAUAGUGGCUGGAGUUUUCUUGCUUUUUGUUGAUGUUUUAUUUUUUUGGUAGAGCCUUUGAGAGGUGUAGGUUUAGCAUAUACAUGAGGAAUAGGUGUUUAGAAAGGGGUUUUCUUUUUUUAAAUGGUAUUGAGCUGCCAAGUUGUUUUUUGAAAAAAAUUUUAAAAAUCACUUAACGAAAAACCUGUAAAUUUCUUUGGACUUCUGCACAACUCAGUGCUGAUAGUCAAAAUCUAGGACUAUUAAGGCAGUAAUAAUUUUUUUUUGUCUCUUUUUUUAAGAUUUCAGUACAGAUCAGUUGUGUAUUUAAUGUUGGCUCAGGCUGGAGACCUGCAGCUUUGACUUAAUAAAAAAACCUGAAGUGGUCACUGGAACGGUGCUGUUCCUUCUUUGGAAUGCAAUGAAAAGGAAAAAAUACCUGAGUUCUGCUGCACUCCUAAGAACUGUUUCAACAUGGAACAUUCUUUUUUUGUGGUUAUUUUUGUGUUUAUAAUCAGUAGUAGCCAGUUAACUUGCUGGGAAAUCUUCUGAGAUGUGGACCUGAAUAAGGAUAAAUACUGUAGAAGAAACGGAUCACACUGGGAUCUGUUCAAACUGUAGCACUUAAUAGCUGGAGUUAAUAAGAGGAAAGCCUGUAUGCAGCCUGUAUGCUGGUCACUUCUGAACUCUAAUGUCCAUCAGAUGUGUUCUGAACUGUUGAAGAUUAGACUUGAAAUGUACUGCUGUUUUCAUCAAAUCCUUCCCCCAGCUACACUGAACAAGUUAUGGGGAGAAGAAAGGUGGACAAGUCAUAUACUGGGUGUCAGAAGUGAUGUGAAAUUAAGCUGUUUGCUGUAGUCACAUAAGUAAUCUAGAAUGCUGUCUGAGGAGGGGCAUUUUAUUUCUUUUCUUCAGUCUCUAGAGGUUUCUUAAAGCAACUUCACUGUAAUAACUUUGGAUUCAUAAAAUAAUGCUGCUUUUUUUUAAGUCACGUGUAAGCCUUUUGUUUUUCUGUAAUAAAAAGGAUUUAAAAGA